AUGUUUGCACAACCUUUCGACCACUCGUUCAACAACGAUGAUUUAUUCAGUCAGUACGUCAAUAUUGAUGGCUCGAGUACCGACGGCAACAAAGACGUUUCAUUCCCUAGCGACUUUGAUCAAUUCUUUUCGCUGGACUCAUUGUCAAGUAAUUGUGGCGAGCAGUCACCCAUCAUCUCCACCUCCAAACAACAAACCCAUCCUUCACCACAGUGGGCGAAGGAUUUCUGGAGCCUACCGCCAGACGCACCCUCAUCUCUCGGCCAAGCCCCCCUUGCAUUUCAAGACACCGUUCAUCCCUCUGCUGUUUCAGAUCUAAACGUCAACCUUGAAGCUUCUUCGACGACUUGCCCUGCAGAGACCCGCUCUUCGCCGACAACUCCCCCGGGAACUCCACGCCGUAAACCAAAAAGUGCAUUAGUCACUCCGAAGUCUAUCCAACGUCACCGCGAACCUAAUGGUCGCCGUGGUUUGCAGCACAAACAAAGCUUCUCCCCCAGCCUGACACGUCCUUCUCAAUUCCAGAAAGGAAGAAUGGCGUAUCAAGAAGCUUGGGCGCACCGACUUCAGAACUUGAAUUUCCUCCGUAGUGCUGAUGAUCGAUUCCCACUGUCGCCGCCACCGUCAGAUAUCCUGCCACAGCAAGAGAACAUAGCGGCCGACAACAGCGCCGUACACAUCCAUCAUUCGGGAGACUCCACCGAGAUGCAUCAUCACUUUGACACUAGCAUUUUCACCCCAUCUCCCGCGAUAUCCAUGCCAUCGCCAUGUACGGGAGUGUUAUCAAGACAACAAGCCCGGUAUUUAAACCACUCCAAUAACUCCACUGUGACUUCGAGUCCCCCUUCAGCAGACGACAUCUUUCCCUCCCCGCAUUCCUCGGAUCCCCAGUCCAUGUCAUCCUGGCAUUCCGAUGCGCUCGGUACUCCCGGGCUGUUCACGCCUGAUCUUCAGAGCCACGAUGCUCAGGCCUGGUGGCCACCCAUGAAUGCUCGGGUGCCCCAACGCCAACCUUCCUAUCAACAAGUAGUCGCGUCGCCCCCUCCACAGCAGCCGAUCCAGAACACCACCCAUCAGCAUGACUUGGCCAAUAGUCAACAUGACAUCCUGCAAGGGGGUCUUAUGAUCCAGAUGGAUCCAUCUGCGUAUGACAUGACCGCCACCGCCAAUUCAUCAUUUUCCUCAACGACCAUGGCUCCGACGGCGUCUAGUUGUCAGGAGAACCACACUUAUAGCCACGUGCCUACCGCUCACGCUAAAUAUGUUGACGCAUCUUCCUUUGCAACUCCCCAGCUUCAUCCUCAAUCGCGGUCACCAUCUCUGUCUCCGCGAGCAGAUCGAUCCCCCAAGAACGGAUUAGCCAUGCAUCACAGCAUCACCAUGAAAGCUCAGCGCCGUCAGCCCGGCCGGAAGAUUUCCUCCAACUCAAUGAAUGUCCCCAAACCCGUCAAGGGCCUUAAUGGAUCGGGGAGCCCCAAGGGAGCCAAGUCGGUAACUGUUUCAUUUGUAAACUUUACGCUAAAUGACAGUCAAAAAAUUCUCACAGGAGUUGCCCCCAGUGGCAGCUCCAAAACCAAAGCGCGACGGGAGCAAGAGGCCCGUGACCGGCGUCGCAGGAUUAGCGAAGCCGCACUUAAUGCAGUACGGAAAGCCGGUGGAGAUGUGGAGGCCCUCGAGGCUGUAAUGUUUUGA